AUGGCUAGCACCAAGGGGUUCUCCUUGGGCUCCAGCCACCGGCAUAUUAACCCUUUGCAUCACCUGGACUGUCCCGUAUUGUCUGCUACCAUUAAAAUUGAAAAUGGCAAUAAAGAACAGCAAUUCCUGGUGAAUUUUGUGGCAUGCCAGCUCGUUGCUUUGUUUGCUGCUUUCUGGUUUCGCAUUUACUUAAGUCCCGGUAAAACCAGUCCCUUGGCUCGGCACACAUUUGCCACCAUUUUUGGCAUCUACUUUGUCAUCUUUUGUUUUGGCUGGUACUCUGCACAUCUGUUUGUGCUGGUGUUAAUGUGCUAUGGAAUCUUGGUCACUGCAAGUGUAUCCAAUAUUCACAGAUACUCCUUUUUUGUAGCGAUGGGAUACCUGACGAUAUGCCACGUCAGCAGAAUAUACAUCUUCCACUAUGGAAUCCUCACUACGGAUUUUUCUGGGCCUCUGAUGAUUGUCACUCAGAAGAUCACAACCUUGGCAUUCCAAGUUCAUGAUGGACUAGGCCGAAGAGCUGAAGACCUGUCUGCUGAACAACACCGACUUGCUGUAAAAGUAAAACCCUCUUUUUUGGAAUACUUAAGCUACCUUCUCAACUUCAUGAGUGUCAUAGCUGGACCGUGUAACAACUUCAAGGACUAUAUAGCCUUCAUCGAGGGGAGACAUGUACACAUGAAGCUGCUGGAAGUGAACUGGAAGGAAAAAGGUUCCCACAGCCUGCCAGAACCUUCUCCCACUGGAGCGGUGAUCCACAAGCUGUGCGUGACCGGCGUGUCUCUCCUUUUGUUUUUGACGCUCACGAAGACCUUCCCGGUCACCAGCCUGGCUGAUGACUGGUUUGUUCAUAAGGCAAACUUUCUGACACGGCUGGGCUACUUAUAUGUUGUCAUGCAAGCCUCAAAGCCCAAGUACUACUUGGCCUGGACGUUAGCUGAUGCCGUGAAUAACGCAGCUGGCUUUGGGUUCAGCGGAGUGGAUCAGAAUGGAAAUUUCUGUUGGGAUCUGCUUUCUAACCUAAACAUCUGGAAAAUUGAGACUGCUACAAGUUUCAAAAUGUACCUAGGAAACUGGAAUAUUCAGACAGCUACUUGGCUAAAGCGAGUGUGCUACGAGCGUGUCCCCUGGUACCCCACAGUGUUCACCUUCAUCCUGUCUGCCCUGUGGCAUGGUGUCUACCCUGGGUACUAUUUCACCUUCUUAACUGGAAUCCUCGUCACAGUAGCAGCCAGGACGGUAAGCUUGCUUUGGUUGUGGGGUCUUUUCCUUAGGAAUGAAAUGCCUGUAUGUUUGUUGUCAUUUAGUCCUAUUAGGAGUUGGGGGAUGAGAGGGCAGGAGUGAUGUUUUGAAAAAAAU